GCCAGGCUGGCUCCAGGUCGUUAACCAGCACAGAAAUUUCCUCCACUUUUGUGGGAAAAAUUGAUUGUGGGGGAAAUCAGGUCGCUCGCCUUAAGUUUCACUGUAGUCUUGAGUGAAUGUGUGCGCACGACCAUAUUUCUUGAGGGCAUGUCGAAAUGAUCUAGGCUUUUCCCCGCAAGCUGAAGCGUUUCUUUCAACGUUUCUCUUAUGGGCACCCUGCUGUCGCCGUUGCCCACUGAUCCGGAUGAAGCCCUGUAGCGGCCAUUUUGGUUUCGGGCGGCCGGGAUAGGGGAGGCAGAAUGUACAGAGUGGAGGAGGGGCAACUACAACUACGCGGACGUGACGUACGACGCCGCCAUGUCUCUUGAGGGCGGCGACGGCGCCGGGCCGGCCAUGCUGGCUACGGGCACGUGAGUGGAGGCGGCGUUGUGAACCGCGGUGUGGGGAGGAUUUGGCAGUCCUGAGGCACCCAGGCGCUGGGAGGGCAAACAACUCAUGGGAGGGAUAUGGCCUACUUAAAUCCGAGGGCAGAGAACGCCCAGGGACCCUAUGCCCAGCUCUGGAAAGAGGUGCUCGCGGGAACCAUCGUGUCUGAGCCGAGACAAAUCUUAGAUAACCUUCCCUUCCGCUGUCGAGAUCCCCUGAGAUCCUUACCUUGGCCAAGGAUCACGUCCACGGGGUGGGGGGGGCUGUUCGGAGGGCCACGGGGCGCCCCUCACCCUUUCAAAGGCGGGACUUCCGGUCCUGGCCUCUGGCUUGGGCGGGAUUUCCUGUUUUCUUCCUAGAGAAGCGGGUCUUUCCUGGACCCCCGGGCGAGGUGGGGAGGUAUCCGAACGGCAGAGCAAGGCCCCCGAUGUUCACCCCACCCGUGUCCACGGUGUGCAUGAUCGUGUUCCUCACAUCUUCGGGGGGAAGAAAUGGUGAGGCACACAGAGGGCUGGUGAGUCGUCCAAGGUCACACAACAGGUUUGAGACAGUCGGGGCAGGAACCCAGCCUCCUCACCCCUUGCUCUUCUUGCCUGGUAAGGAGAUAUAAUCAUCUGGACUGGGAUUGGGAAUCCCUGACCUUAGGGAGAUCUCUGUCUGAUAGAAGAAGCAGGCAGAGGUACAAUUGUCACAAGCUCAGGUGACAUGAGGUAUGAAGGAGGGAUCCCAGGAAAUUUUGGGAGCUUGUGAAGGCAUGCGACUUAUCCUGGGAAUUAGGGAAGACCUAGACAGGAACUGUCAGAACAGGGUCUCUUAGGAAGCACAGAAACUUUGCAGGUGGAUUUCCACAUACAGGGAUCGCCUUGUCCAAAGGCCUUGGACCUCAGAGGCUCUGGAAGGCCAAGGAAGCAUAUAUAUCCUGUGAGGUCAGGGUUAGGCUGAGGGCCUGGGACCCUGUCCUGGGGAUUCAAAUGCCAAGGUCAGCUCCAGGUAUGGAGGGACUCUUGGGCUUGUAUGAGACAGAAUAGGGGGAAGCCAGGACAGAGGCUGGCAGAAAUAUGAUGCAAGCCCCAUGUGUAACUUUAAAUUUUCUAGAAGCUAAGUUAAGAAGGUAAAAAAACAGUUGCAACUUAUUUUAAUCAUGUAUUUUGUUUGGCCAGUCUAAAACAUUUAAAUAUUGUACUUUUCUGUGCUCAAUCUUCUGAAUCCACGUGGGUCUUACACUCAUGGCUCCUCUCUGCCAGAGGAGUGGGUUUGGAAGGACACUGAGCAUGGCUGGGACAGGGUACAUGGGGGCAGAUGCAAGUGGCAUCCAGGGGCUGGGUAAGAAUUGUGUAGUGAGCCAAGAAGCUUCAGCCCCCUCUGUCCUGCUCUGGCCCACAGGGUGUGGAUGGCGUCAGGGCGCCCUGAGGAGCUGUGGGAGGCUGUGGUGGGGGCCGCUGAGCGCUUCCGGGCCCGGACUGGGACGGAACUGGUGCUGCUAACUGCUGCCCCACCACCGCCACCCCGCCCAGGCCCUUGUGCCUAUGCGGCCCAUGGCCGGGGGGCGCUGGCAGAGGCUGCCCGCCGCUGCCUCCAUGACAUCGCACUGGCCCACAGGGCUGCUACUGCAGCCCGGCCCCCCGCACCUCCACCAGCACCACAGCCACCCAGCCCUGCACCUAGCCCACCCCGGCCUGCCCUGGCCACGGAAGAUGAUGGGGAAGAUGAGGAUGAGCCAACAGAGACUGAGACCUCCGGGGAGCGGCUGGGCGGGAGUGAUAACGGAGGGCUUUUCGUGAUGGAUGAGGAUGCCACCCUCCAGGACCUGCCCCCUUUCUGUGAGUCGGAUCCUGAGAGCACAGAUGAUGGCAGCCUGAGUGAGGAGACCCCUGCUGCCCCCCCAACCUACUCAGUGACCCCAGCCUCAGCCCUGCCCACACAGCAGUAUGCCAAGUCUCUGCCUGUGUCCGUUCCUGUCUGGGCCUUUAAGGAGAAGAGGACAGAGGCACGGUCAUCAGAUGAGGAGAAUGGGCAGCCCUCUUCGCCGGACCUGGACCGGAUCGCGGCGAGCAUGCGCGCGCUGGUGCUGCGGGAGGCCGAGGACACCCAGGUCUUCGGGGACCUGCCUCGGCCAAGGCUCAACACCAGUGACUUCCAGAAACUGAAGCGGAAGUACUGAAGCCCAGAGAGGGAGCCUCCGGUCCUGAGUCCUCCCGGCACCACACUACACCCCCGCCACGUCCCCGGGGACCAUCAGUCAGGAUCCUACGUGGGGCCGGCCUCCCCACGCCUCCUCGGGCCCUCGGAUUGAGCAGUUCCUGCCGAUCUUUGGCACCGAGGAGCGGGAUGUAUUCGGCCUCCCGAUUGGUUCUGUCGCUUUCUCUACCCAGCGACGGAUUCUAUUAGGGAUUGACUCGCUACUCGCCAGCCCCGGAGCUAUCUGAGCCGUAAAUGGGUCAAAUCCGGUUUCUGCCUAGCGACAAGGGCUUUGCUUGCAUGGCAUUGGCUCUCUCGCUGGUAGAGCACAGCCAAGGCCUAGGAUUGGGUAGUGGCGCCUUCACUGCACCGUAGUGACUGGCCAGCUCCUUCAUUUGAUUGGCUCGAAUCCUACAAAGGGCUUGACCGAUUUCCCAAGAGUCUCCAUCAGCCCUUCCUGAGUUUUCCCACCUGAUUGGCCCCAGUCUCCUGGGGGCGUGGCCAAGCCCCACCUUGUGCCCAGAAUUGGCCUUCAGCUUUCAAUUUAAGUUCUUUACACUACUAGGGCUGGGGUCUUAUACUUGCCCAAGCCCUGCCAACUUGUACCCUUGGCCUCCUCAGGGAGGGCCUACUCUUGUCCCUGUGUCUCACACACCCCUCAUCCGUUCCAUCCCUACAACAACCUGCCAAUUGAAGCCUGUACCUGCACCCAAGACUGUACCAGCUCCCGCUCCUCUCCCCCAAACCCCACAGGUGCCUUAAAGGGCCCUCGUCCACCCGAGGUGGGGGGCUGGGGCCUUACUCUCCGGCCCUGGGUGUGGGGGAGAGAGUGGGAGUAGGGGAUCCGGAGUUGGGAGGGACGCUCUGAAGUAAAAGAGUUUUACCUCUGA